UAUGAAGCCUGUUGAAGGAUCACUGAACGCCUUGGUUCAGAUGUAGUAGACAGGUUUCUACAAGUUAAAAGAAAAGUUCAAAUUUUUUGUAUGGAGAUAGACCUUAAGCAGCCAUCAGGAGAAUGUCAUGAUGAAGACAGUUGUAAUCCUAUUGUUGCUGAUUUGGUUGAUGAAAACAAUAGUAAUGAACCCAGAAGUUCUUUAAAAAUUGUUGGAAAUGAUAAGGAGAAUGCAGGGCUUGGUAUCAAUGCUGAAUUAGCAAAUCAUGGAAAUGAAGGGUGCACUGGACAAGGAACCAACUUGAAUUCUUCAAAAUUACCAGAGCACCAUGAUGGGAUGGAAUUUCAUUCAAAGGAGGAAGCAUUUUCAUAUUAUAAAGAUUAUGCAAAAUCUGUGGGAUUUACUGCUAUAAUAAAAGCUAGCCGUCGGUCCCGAAUAUCUGGAAAAUUUAUUGAUGCAAAGUUUGCAUGUACCAAAUAUGGAAACAAGCAAGAACCCUGUGCAACUGAAACUUCAAAUUCUCUUUCAAAUAUAGAUAAGAUGCCAAGUAUUCCUGUAAAAAGGAAACGGGGUAGAGUGAACUUAUCUUGGGUAAAGCCAGAUUGCAAGGCCUGCAUGCAUGUGAAGAGAAGGCAAGACAAUCGAUGA